GGCGGCGGGGAGGAGGCUCGUCGGCCCGGAGGGCGGAGGAGGCCGAGCUGUCCCAGCCCGAGCUUCAAAACAGCCGGCGCCUCACCCCGCGCACAGCCUGCCUCUGCGUCCAGACGCCCGCGCCCGGUGUGGGUUUCUCUCUGCCGUCCUCUGGCUCUCCAUCCCUCUCUGAACUUUCCGGCUGCCCCUUGGCCUCCACUGCCCUGUGAACAUGUUGGUGAUUCUGGCCCUCAUCAUCAUCUUCCACAUCGUCUGCGCGGCUCUGCUGUUCAUCUCCACCGUUAACAAUGCCUGGUGGGUUGGAGAAGACUUCUCAGCGGACAUCUGGAGAGUGUGCAUCAACAGUACAAACUGCACAGAGAUCAAUGACCUGAGUGGCAGCGAUGAGUUCACAGACUUCUCCAUCAUGCAGGCCGUGCAGGCCACCAUGAUCCUCUCCACCAUCCUCUGCAGCCUCUCCUUCCUCAUCUUUCUGCUCCAGCUCUUCCGCCUCAAGCAGGGAGAGAGGUUCAUCCUGACAGCCAUCAUCCAGCUCAUGUCGUGUUUAUGUGCCAUGAUCGGGGCUUCCAUUUAUACAGACCGGCGCCAAGACCUUCACCAACAGAACUACAAAGUCUAUUACCUGAUGCAGGAAGGCAGCUAUGGCUACUCUUUCAUUCUAGCCUGGGUAUCCUUCUCCUUCACUUUCAUCAGCGGCCUCAUGUACAUGAUCCUGAGGAAGCGCAAAUAGGCUUCUGAAGCCCAGCCUCUCCCCACAGUAUGGCAUACACGUUCACAUAACCAUUUUGUAUAUAAUCAUUUUUGUGGUUUUUCUAGCAAACAUAUUGUUUCCUUUAAAAGCUUUUAUAAAAAAAGAAGAGAGAAAGAGGAGUUUCUGCCUUCUUGGAGUCUGAGACCAGACCACGAAGGCUGGCAUUCAGAAUGCAAGCCCACCGAGAGUCUCAGCAAGGCCUAGCAAGAUCCAGCAAUGUGGAAUCCGCAGGAUGCUUCUCCCCGGUGGACCUGGGGUGGGGUGUGGCCAAAGGUGGAAAAAAAGCCUGUUUUUGGGCACAGGCUCUCUGUAGAUUUCUGCCCUGCCCCUCUCCCUCCACCCCUUCCCCUGCCCACGCCACUCUGGCAGCCACACGUGGGGCGAUGAGGAGUCCAUAUCCUCAAAUAUUAACACCUAGUUCAUGUAAGGUAAUUCCUUAGGGCUUCUGUUACACGCAGAGUCUCAGGUCCACUUCGAAGACCCUCAGAAUCCAUCAAGGGGGUGGGCCUGUAUAUCUGAAUUUCCGAUGUUCUCCCUGCAGUACGCUUAGACGCACUGAAACUGGGGGUCAGAGCCCUAGAGCCAGGGGAGCAGAGUCGCCCUGGAAAUGUUAGCAGUCUCAUCACACUAAGAUGGCCCCACUGCCAGCCACACCUUGGCUUCCGCUAGCUCUCGCUGCUUCCCUCACAGCUGCUUGUAUCUGGGCCACUUGUGCCAUUCUCCCAGGCCAUAAGCCUCUACCUGCGAGGUGGGCUGGGCAGCCUCCUCCCUGCCCUGUCCUUCCUGCCCUUCUUUCUAAAGUGGGUGCUUCUGUUGGCCCCUGUUUCUGGAGACUCAGAUCUGUCUUCCAUCCAUUCAUCUACCCAUCAUUCAACAUGAAUGGGUCUUGCCACAUGUCAGGUGCAAAGGUUACCUUUCAAACCAUUCCUCGUGAGACUCGGGCUAGUGAAGAACACACGCCAGAACCACUCAGAAAAACGGCCACCAGUGGUGGAGCAGCCGCGAGGCCACAGUGAAAACCUCCCGCGGCGAGAGGAAGCCCACUUUCUGCGUGCCUGCCUUGCAGUGCCUUGUGGCAUCUACACUGCUCUAAACAGAGUUCCGUUCUGCUUCAACAGGUGCCAUUCAUUGGGGUUUCCCCAGAGGGUACUUUAGUAGAGGAUCCCACAUGUCCCACACUGAGACAGCAGGAAAGGAUUCCCAGAGCCAUGGCUCUCAAGAUGGGCACUGGAGGAGGAGAACCCAGCUGCCCUCCAGUCAGUAAGAAUGUCCUGAUAAACAUGGCCAUGAGAAGAUCAUACCAGAGAUCCAAGGACUCUAAGAUGGCAAUCUUCUCCCUUUGGUUCCCUUCCCCAUUGUUAGCAUCAAGCUGGAGAGGUGAUUCUGGGACAGGGUGUGUAGAUUUGCAUCAUUUAAACACGUUUGCAUGUGAGCUUCUGUGAGGGGUCAGUUAUCAGUAGCUCAGUUCCAGUGGAGCUGGGGUUGUCAGGGCUGAGUGGCUUUAGAGCCACCAUGGACACCUCCUCAGUACAAGACUGGCUUCCCUCCCUCCGUCUCUGCUAUCCUCCUUUCUGUCCUUCCCUUGGGGAGAGUGCCAAGGUGGCAUGGGGCAGAGAUAGGGCAAGUGACUACCCCUUGCCUUGACGGAGAACUUCCCCCCGCUCACUGAGGCCUGUCUAAAGGGUCCUCUACACCUUCCCCUUGGGGACUUUUCUGUAAUAAUGUUCUGGUAGUCACAAUGGAAACAAACAGACCAAGCCAGGGCAUGAAAGCAGGGCCCAAGCCAACAUGAAUUUCCACCUCAGAAAGCCCAGGCCUGCAGAAGCAAAUCAUCUGAUGUGAUGGCAUGGGAUGAGGGUUGUCUUGGCUGCUUGCCACUCUGGCCAGCAUUCGGUGCCCACAUCUCCCUGUGACACGAGAGGUGCCUCUCUCCUGCUCUGUGCCCUGCAUUUGGAGUGCUAGAAAGAGAAAAGGGUGUGAGGGAGAACAGAUCCACCCUUCUCCUAUGUAGGAUCAGCUCUGAAUUGGUGCUUAUCACUAGUUACCAAAGAACAAUGACAAAGUCAGUCAGGAUAUCCAAGAAGCAUGUAUUAGGACCAAACCCAUCACUGUAUUUAAAGGAACUUUAGUUUGCGCAUCUUACAACAUUUUUAUAAAGUACUGUAAUUCAUGGGUGGGGCAUGUGACAGAGACAGACUAACCCAUGUUUGUCAUUUGCAUUAAAAUUAUUUUGGGUCUCUGUUUAAAGAA